AUGGGAGCCGAGGCCGAAAUACGAAAGCACAGCACCAAGGAGAAAGGCAUGCAAUGGGUCAAUGGUCAAGGAAAGCCGUUUGCUACACUUGGGGCUACUGGACGCACCGAUGUCCAGAGCAUCACUUCCGAGUUCGAGAUCUUCCGCGGUGAGCUUGGUAAGAUAUUUAUCGAGCCGAGCCUCGACAAGAUCCAUCUGGUCUUCGACGAGUCAAUCGACCACUACGAGGAGCGAUCAGAAGGUGUUACGGUCCACUUCAAAAAUGGGAAGCCUGCCAGCACGUACGACCUCCUCGUGGCAGCCGACGGCUUCGGUUCACGGAUCCGUGGCACUAUGCUCGGCACCAAUCCUCGAGAACAGAUCCACGACGAAGGUGUACAUGUUGCGUACUUUACAAUUAAGAAGGAUUUACUGAAAGGCUCUCAAUACGCUCAAUGGCACAACGAGCUCGGCGGGAGAGUCGUCUGUCUGCGACCGGACCCAUCACCCAAGGGUCAGGUACGAGCAAUGCUCAUAAAUAUCACUACCAAAAGUCAAACGGCGGAAAAGGCGCGGCUCAAUCAGGCUUUGACUGAGGGUAAUGAAAGCUACAUGGCUCUAAUGGAGGAGAUGUUCAAGGAUGCUGGCUGGCUUGCGCCCGAAGUUCUGAAAGGCAUGCGAAAGAGUGAUGACUUCUACUGCUCGCUUUUCGCACAGACUCGAUCACCGAAAUUGCAAAAUGGUCAGCGUGUGGUCUUGCUUGGCGAUGCAGGGUACGCCACACCAGGCAUGGGCACAAGUCUUGCCAUUAUGGGAGCCUAUGUACUGGCUGGCGAACUCCUUCGAAACGACUGCAAAAUCCCUCGUGCGAUGCAAGAAUACGAGAACCUGCUCCAUCCCUUUGUUAAGAGUCAACAGGGCGGUGCUAUCGGUGAGAUUGCGAUGCAGCUGCUGAAUCCGCAGACGAGGUGGGGAUGCUGGAUCCGGGACCUGGUCAUGAUGACUCUGACUGGUCUGAAGAUUGACCAGAUUGCCAUCACUCUCAGUGCAUGGCUGGGGUUCACAGAGCCGAAGCUACCAAUGCCAGAGUAUGCAUGGCCUGCGGUAAAGUCGUAG